GCUUGUUCCGAAAAAUAUCUAGACCAAGCGCUCCUGUGCUGGUGUUCAUCACUUGCGCACUUGAGCGUCAUGGACGAGGAAGGAGAUCUCGCCGACGGCCCUUGGACCCCGACCUGGGAGCAGGCAAGGAAAUUGUUCAUCUCUUUCUUCUUGGGUGAUUUGCCAUUUCUCGUGAGUAAUUGGUAAAAAAACUGAUGUGGUUGGAGUGAGCACGUCGCCGUCGAGGACGCUGAUCCUGUGCCGGCGAAGUCCGCCGCGCCGCUGCUGCCGCCUCCGGAGAAGGUGCUGUAGCAGUACCUCGAGGAGUAGCUCAUCGUGCUGCUCAUCGAGGGGCCGGUUGCUAAGCGCCUCGCCGUCGGCGACCCCGAUGCCGAGGAAUCCGGCCGCCGGGAGGGGUUGGGAACUGGAUGCGCGGCACCUGACGCGUACACCAUCCAUGGCCUCCGCUGCUACGGGCCACGGCGGAUCAGGCACCUCCUUCCGGCGGUUGGACCUCCGCCUUCUCGGCGUCAUGGGCCGCUCACGCCCAUCCCAUCCAAGCCGGCCGAACUGCUGCCUUUCCUCUCCAGCAAGAGUACCCCCAUUGUUAUCAGAGGUAAAAAUCCGUACCUCAUUCAGACGAAGAAAUUAUAACAUGAUCCAGCAUUCCAGCUCGAUUCGAUCGACAUGUGCUUGAAAAAAAGAAUAUUGUUUAUACAGAAGGUAGAAGACGACCUAACUAGAUCGAUGGCUCCGAACCUUCUGCUUGAGAAGCCUUUAAAAGCAGCACAACCUUUACAUCGCAUCGACAGAUCACACAACUUUGCAAACAGCCGGCCUGCGCCCUGCGGUGGUGGAGAAACCAUGGCGCCCGCCGAUGAUGCCGCGGCCGUGCUGCUGCUGGCCUCGCCGACAAAGGCCGCCGGCGACAAGCGGCCGCGCCGGAACAUGUACGCCUUGGCCUGCGCCACGCUCGCCUCCAUGACCACCAUCCUCAUGGGCUAUAACCUGGCGCUGAUGAGCGGAGCGCAGCUGUUCAUCCAGGAGGACAUAGGCCUCUCCGACGAGCAGAUCGAGGUGCUCGCCGGCUCCAUCAACGUGUUCAUGCUCGUGUCCAUCCUCGCCGCCGGCUGGGCGGCCGACGUCCUCGGCCGCCGCGGCACGCUCGUGCUUGCCAACGUCUCCCUCAUGGCCGGCGCGCUCGCCAUGGCGCUCGGCGGCAGCUUCUCCGCGCUCAUGUUCGCGCGCUGCGUCACCAGCGUCGGCUUCGGCUUCUCCAACGUCGUCACCUCCGUCUACAACGCCGAGAUCUCGCCGCCGUCCAUGCGCGGCUUCCUGUCGUCGUUCCUCGACAUGUUCAUCAGCGUCGGCUUGCUCCUAGGCUACGUGUCGAACUACGCCUUCGCCGGCUUGCCGGUGCACCUGGGCUGGCGUGUCAUGUACGCCGCCGGUGUGCUCCCGCCGGUGCUGCUCGCCGCCGGCGUGCUCGCCAUGCCGGAGUCGCCGCGGUGGCUCGUGAUGCGCGGGCGCCACGCCGAGGCGCGCGCGGUGCUCGUGCGCACCUCGGACACCCCCGCCGAGGCCGACCUCCGCCUCAAGGAGAUCAAGCAGCAGGCCGUCGUCAAGGAGCCGCAGGCCAGCGACGACGGCGGAGACGGCACCAGCGUCUGGACGGAGCUACUCGUCCGGCCGUCGGCGAGCGUCCGCCGGAUCCUCAUCUGCGUCGUCGGGGUGCACUUCGUCCAGCAGGCGUCCGGCAUCGACGCCAUCGUGCUCUACAGCCCGCUGGUAUUCCGGAAGGCCGGCAUGUCGUCGAACAAGGCCAUGCUCGGCGCCGUCAUCGGUGUCGGGGUCGUCAAGACGUGCUUCGUCCUGGUGGCCACGCUCUUCUCCGACCGUCUCGGCCGGCGGCCGCUCCUCCUCGCCAGCACGGCGGGGGUGGCCGCGUCGAUGGCGUCGCUGGGGGCGGCGCUCAUCAUCAGCGUCCCCGGCGCAGCGGCGGCGGCGGCCACCGUCGCGUCGGUCCUGGCCUUCAUAGCGGCGUUCUCCGUCGGGCUGGGGCCGCUGGCGGGCACGUACAGCGCCGAGGUCAUGCCGCUGCGGCUGCGAGCACAGGGCGCGAGCCUGGGCAUGGCGGUGAACCGGCUGACGUGCGCGCUGGUGAGCAUGACGUUCAUCUCGCUCGCCGACGCGAUCACCAUGCCCGGGUGCUUCUUCCUGUACGCUGGGGUGGCCGCGGCCGGCUGCGCGUUCGUGUACGCCCGGAUGCCGGAGACGAGGGGCCGGAGCCUCGAGGACAUGGACGAGCUCUUCGCCAAGUGAUGGAUCGUUGAUGGCUUGGACCAUAGGCAGUGCAGAGUUAGUAUCUGGGUGUUUUGAUGUUGCCCAGCUGUUUUGCUAUAAAUUUUGUGCGAAUUGAUGUCAUUUUUGUUUUCACAUUUCGACCUGAAACAUUUUUGUGAAUU